UUUUUACAGCAUGAAAGUGUGUUUCGGAAUGACUGUAGAAGUCAAUCCUGUCAAAAACCUGCGUCGUAUUAAGUGAAGUGACGCUGUUCCAUUACCUUUCCAAACGCCAAGAAACAUGGCCGAGAAGGACUCAUCUCUUCUGAAACAAAUGAAAACCCUCAAAGAUACCCAGGAUGACAUCCAAGGAAUGUCAACGUGGUGUCUCUCUAAGGGUCUCUCAAUUGCGCCCAAGAUAAUCUCCACUUGGUCUCGUGCAUUCAAAGAAGCCGAAAAAGGGUCUCACAGAGUCUCUUUGUUUUACCUGGCGAAUGACAUCGUCCAACAUGCGAAGCGACGGAAGAUCAAGGAGUUCGUCGAAGGUUGGAACAAAGUGCUCGUCUUCGCCAUGCCUCUUGUCAGGACCGAUCCAGAAGUGUGUCGGAAAGUGAAACGCGUUUUGAACAUCUGGAAAGAAAGAGAAAUCUACGAAGCAAACUUCAUCCGGUCUUUGGAAGACAUCAUCGACCAGAAGUCGGAGUCGGAGCCGAUAGAUUUCGAAGAGUCAGUGAAAACCUACCGAUUCUCCGAGUUUGCUACUCAGUGCGCGAAAGUUGUCUCGAGUUCAGAACGGACUGAACGAGCCAAGAAGGCGUUUGAAGCUACCAAGUUGAACUUCUCCAAAGUACUCGAAAUGCGGGAGAAAUUCAAAGAGUACAAACCCGGAGACCCUCGGAUCACGGAGUUCUACGCAUCCGUGUCCGCAUUGCGGGAAUAUUGCUCAUCACUGAAAUCCGAAAGAGAAGACAAACUGCGGAUGAUUCGGAUCGCAGAAAUCGGAAACUACUUUUAUUCGCGCACUCGUAGGGAAGCCAAAGUUGUGACCAAGGCUUACAAAAACUUUGAGAACCGGUUGAAGGACAUUCAUGAAAAGGUGAUGGAAUGUGAAGGAACUUUGCCGAGUCCAGUUCCGUCCCCAGAACCCAAUGCUCCUUCGCCAGUGGAUUCGGAACCCGAGGAAGUUCCAGUCAAGUCUGUGAUCGCGUCCAAGUUUGGGGGCAACGGGAUGUUGUCCAGUGUUGUGUCUGUGGUGCAAAAGGAGCCUUAUUCCAGUCGACGAAGCGUA